AUGGUUUGCAAUCAGGCACCACGCGGGCAGCUACAGGAAGGACCCCUUUGCCCUCUUUCCCGUGAGCACUUCCUGGAGGGAACAGUCUACCCUAGCUGCGUGACGUCCGAACGCACGUUUGAUCGAUGUAGAAAUUAGCCAAUCGGGCUCUGAGAUGGGCGGGCGCUCCGGCUAAGAACGUCUUGCUAUUGAGCCGAGGCCGCAGUGACGUAGCGCGCCGUGUGAGGGUACGCUGCACUGCACAGCCAUGCUCCGUAUAGCCGGGACCAGCUCAUAAAGGGUCAAGUGCGGCCGGUACCCGGACAGCGUGACGUCACGAGUGAGACGGGGGGUUUGACGUCACGAUCUGGGGUCACAGGUGAGUCGUGGGGGAGGGUGAGGUAUGACCUAACAACACAAUAUACACACCCACACACACGCAACUAUAAAAUCGCUGUUUUGUAGACACAUCACGUGCACACACAUCAACGGAAAGCCCAAUAUUGAUUGCCAGCCGGUCGGUCAUGGCUAGCUCUAGGUACACACAGACAGUCACACAGUCACACAGAGCGUGCCCAUAGCCGCACGGUAUACACAGCCUGGCUGGCUAGUCAGUGAGUAUCUGCACAUUCACAUCCCCCACAUUUCAUUCAAUAAGGACCUGGCCUGGGUGACAUAGUAAUGCUGAGUACCCGGAGCAUGCCAAUGGCCUGCAUUAUCACAUAGACCAGGGGACAUGGUGUUUAUUACAAUGUACACUCUCAGCUGUUGCAAAACUACGACUCCCAUGAUGCACCAGGGGAGGUUUAGUUCUCCGGCAGCUGGGGAGAUACCGGUACCUUUUGGUCAUUUUACUGUACUUCCUGAUCAGUCUGAAGUCACAGUUAUUUUGUUAUAACGUGUAUGUCAUAACCACAAAUAGGAUGUACUAACUGGAGAUUUAUUUUAUUCAAUUUGGUAACUUUUUAACCUAUACUUUGAAAAGUAUUAUUUGCAUCAUAUUCUCUGGCUGUGCCUGAAACUCCUGGUAUACAAUGUAAAUCAGAAGCUGUGUCGUCAUCUUCUUCCUCUUCUUCUUUUUUUUAUUUUUUAAACUAGUAUUGGGUUGUGUAAAAAAUUUCCGAAUCAACAAUCUAAACACUCACAUGUUAGGUUUUGUUACAUUUUGCAACAUUUUCAUGUUAUAUAUUUUUUUUUUUUUUUUAGUAAUGGAUACAUAAUGAGGUGCACAGUGUUUAAAUAUGAAACAAACUGACUACAUUAGAGUAACACUACAGCUUGGGGAAUACAAAACAUGUAUUCUUAACACCAUAAUAUCUAGACUUGUGCACAAGUCACAUUUAAAGGAAUCAAAUGCCUGUUGAUCGCUGCACUAACAAAUCGAUUCAAGCAUCCAAUUAGAAGCCCUUCUCUAACGAAAGCUUAAUGUAGUUGUUCUGGUGAUUAUAGUCCGUCCCUGCAGGCUGCAUGAAGCCACUGAACUAUCCCCCAAAGAAAUUCAUUGAGUCAAUGCAUCUCUAUGCAGGAGAUGCUGAUUGGUCAACACAGCAUUUUGCCACACAUAUCCUAUGGGAAAGCAUUGGAUUGGCUGAGAUAAUUAGUUCUGAUUCACAGCAAAGGAGGCGGAUGAGGGGCAAAUCCUGUGCGUGGAGCUGGAACAUAGGUACGUUUUCUACUUAUUUAAGGAGGGACGGAAAUCUAAUCUUUUUAACACUAUAGGGUCGGGGAUACACAUGUUUUUCUGACCCUAUAGUGUUCCUUUAAAUAAAAAGGAAAAACAAUUUAAAAAAAAUCUUUUCCAGUAUGGAGAUUCACUUUCAACGUCAUAUAGCAAGUAUGGCUUCAUUGUCUUCUUGUCCAAUGCAAUGUGCGCAUGCUCUCUCAUUUUUAUUCUUAUAUGUUUAAAUCAUCUCCCAACUUCAACAUUUUAAGGGUACAAGGUUAAGUAAAAUCCACUUGAUUUUCAGUGCCAGGAAUAUUUUUCAGUUGCAGUUUCGAUCCUCCUCCAGUGAAGUCAUUACUGAUGACUUGUGUCUAGUCAUAUGUUUGUCAUAGAGACACACAACACAUGUGGCAAUUGCUGCAAACUGUAAAUAGUGCUUUUCAUAGAGAUACACUCACUUAUGUUUGAACUACUAUUCAACACUGAUAUAUUCACCAUUUGAAAGAGUAAAUAAAUAAGGCACAGGAAACACAUGUUUAACCCCUAAAGCAAUUCGUAGUGCUUUAGGGGAUGGUAGUGUUUUGUUUUUUUUGUUUGUUUUUUUACUAAAUGUUGCAAUCAGUACAUAUAACAUUUUCUGAAUAUCAGUGUCACCAAAUUGAAUUUCACAACAGACAGAUGUAUUUGAUGGUGCAUAAUGAUAGUUUUUUAUGAAUGCAUUGUGCUUAUUAGUUAAAACAAAUUAUUUUUUUUUAUUUUUUUUUACGGUGUUUUAUAGUUGGUGACCCAUAAUAGUCACUUUUUCUGUACUCUGUUUUUAAAGCACAACUUCUAUCUCUAAUCAACUGCUAUAUUAUAUCUGAGUGCUUAGAGCUUUCUUCUUUUUUUUUUUUUUGCAACUCCGGCCAAGUUAAGUAAAAUGUGACACUUAAACACAUUGCUGAGAAACAUAUUUUAAAUUGCUAUCCUAUGGCAUGCAGAAUUCAAAGGCUGCGGCUAGCAAAUUGCUUCAUUUUAGAUAAACUGUAGGAAAAUGUAGACUGGCGCGUGAGGGAGCAGUAAUCUUUCUACGUGUCUUGCUCUGCUCCUUCGCAUGGUGUUUAGUAAUACUGGGUGCUGGAAUAUGAGGUCACUGUGGCCCCGACAUCACUAAACCGUGCGUGAGGGAGCAGAGCAAGAAUUGCAGGAACAUUACAGGAUCACAGAAGCUGCGCUGGACACCAGGGAAAGGUUCCACUCCAGCUCUCCCAAAGGUAGGGAGUCUAGGUGUGCUUAAAAUAAAUAAAAUUUGUGAGUGUAUGAGAAAAUGUGAAAGUGUGUCUGACAGUCACUAGAGUUGUUACUAGGCAGCAUUAUAAACAGUGCCUUGUCUCUGAAAAGGCAGUGUAUACAUUGAAAAGCAUGCGGGGGACAGUAUAUAGACACUAGAACCACUACAUUAAGCAUGUAGUAGUUCUUCUGAAUAUAUUUUAACUCUCCCCUCAAGUAUGAUGGAUUUUUUUUCUCCCAUGUCUGCUAAUUUUAUAACCAAAUCCUACGCAAUCUAAAUUAAAGUAUAUUUUAAUCAAGGAGUGAUGUUUUCAUGGUGUUUGUAAUUAUAUGAAUUUCAAGUGCACAGAAACCCUAAAGCAUUAUAGACACAUAAUAACAAGGUCCUCUUGUAUUUUAUUUUUUACCUUGCAAUUUUCAUAAGGUUUCUGUUGUGUAAAUUCAAAAGAAUUGGCUUCUGAAAGUAACACUAAAGCGCUAGGAAUACAAACCUAUAUUACUAAUGCUUAAGUGUCCCUGUCCCUAGUUAUACAGCCUUCCCAUUUUUUUUCAGUAAAUAAAAUAAAAAUAAAGAUAUUUUUACUUACUUUUUCAAGAUGACAGCCACUAGAGGUGGAUUUAACCCUGCAAUUUUGUAAACAUUGUUUCUGGGCUGGGCUGGCACACGGCUCAUGGAACAGCUGAGGGAUGAAGGCGGGCGGUUUACUGACUGCGGAGGGAGCUGUAUUCUUCCAGCUCUUCUCCCUAGCAGGCGCACUUCGCAGUGAUGCCUGGAGCCAGAAUAUCACAUGAUUCUGGCCCCUGCUCACUAAACAGCAUGCAAGGGCUGAGCAGGGAGACUAUCAGGCUGCCCCACUGGAUCUCCAGUAUUUACUUCAGCUCUCCCAAAAGGUAGGGAGGCUGGGUGGGCAAAUUUAUAUCAAGUAAAUUUAUAACUUGUGUGUGUUUAAGUGCUCUGCCCCUCUUCAAUCACAUGGGAAAGGUAUUGCUAUGGAGAUACCGAAUGUAGAAAGCGCCUCUACAGGCCGCUUGAGUGACUGCCACUAGAGGUUUUACUAGGCAGCAAUGUCAACAUUGUCUUUAGUCUGACAAUAUAGGUUUUGCAUUGACAAGCAUGUACAGACAAGCUAUAGCCUUAGAACAACUACAUUAAGCUGUAGUGGUCCUAGUGACUAUAGUGUCCCUUUAAGUUUGUAUUUUUGACAUUGGAAAACUUGGCUCCUAUCUUUUUUUUUUUUUGCCUGCUCCUAUAUUCCAAGAAAAUUUGUCAAGCCCUGCUUUAGUGGUCUUUUAAACUCUGCAGUAAAUCUGCUGUGGUUAACAUUUAGCAUUCUGCAAAAUGGGCAGAUAAUGGCAGAAAGCUAUUGAUUGGCACCGUGUAUUCAUUGUCUUUGACUUGGCAACAAUGUUUUGCACAACUUAUAGAAUAUGUAGUCCCUUUUCUUUUUUUCUGAAAGUCUCAUAUAGUUCUUUGCUGUAGUCUAGGUUUGAUUUUAAAAAAACCUAUAUUAAUUUUGACAAAAACGCUGUAUGAUCGCAUACUGUGUGUUUAUUGUAUUCCUUUUCUAAUUUUAGCAAUGAUCUUUGUGGUUACACAUUAUUUUUGUAAGGGCCAGAUCAGACACGAGACCAUGUGGAAUUAAACCUUUUAGUUCAUUUCUGUAUGGGAAGAUCUAUUUUGGUAAAUCAGUGCUGGAAAUGUUAAAUGAACAGAGGUCAGACUAUGAAACCGGAUCUGCCGUUAGUAAGACUUACUUUUGGUUAUGAAUAGAAGAUCCAGUAUGUUUUUAUUUUUUAAUUUUUUUUUUUUUAAAAAUUUUUUUGUGCAUUUUGGAAAAUAUUUUAGUACUAUCUGUGUUACCCAAAGCUUGCAUUACACCCCCCAGACUUUAAUGAACUAUAACAUCUGUGAUUCUCUGCCCAUCUGUAUUCAGCGAAUUUGUAAACUUUGUAGGCAAUUAACAUCUGAGGGACCAGUGUCUGAGAUACCUGUUGUAAGGAAUUCAGGUUUCUAUCAGUUAAAGGGACACUAUAGUCACCUGAACAACUUUAGCUUAAUGAAGCAGUUUUGGUGUAUAGAACAUGCCCCUGCAGCCUCACUGCUCAAUCCUCUGCCAUUUAGGAGUUAAAUCCCUUUUGUUUAUGAACCCUAGUCACACCUCCCUGCAUGUGACUUGCACAGCCUUCCGUAAAUACUUCCUGUAAAGAGAGCCCUAUUUAGGCUUUCUUUAUUGCAAGUUCUGUUUAAUUAAGAUUUUCUUAUCCCUUGCAAGUGCUUCCUGUAUGUGAUUAAAGUUCAAUUUAGAGAUUGAGAUACAAUUAUUUAAAGGACCACUAUAGUGCCAGGAAAACAUACUCGUUUUCCUGGCACUAUAGUGCCCUGAGAGUGCCCCCACCCGCCUGGCUCUGGAAAGAGGAAAGGGGUAAAAACUUACCUUUUUCCAGCGCUGGGCGGAGAGCUCUCCUCCGAUCCUCCUUCUCUCCUCCCCGUCGGCUGAAUGCGCACGCGCGGCAAGAGCUGCGCGCGCAUUCAGCCGGUCACAUAGGAAAGCAUUCAUAAUUCAUAGCAGUUCUAGUGGCUGUCAAUGAGACAGCACUAGAGGAAAUAGGGGAAGGCUUAACCCAUUCAUAAACAUAGCAGUUUCUCUGAAACUGCUAUGUUUAUGAAAAAAUGGGUUAACCCUAGAAGGACCUGGCACCCAGACCACUUCAUUAAGCUGAAGUGGUCUGGGUGCCUAGAGUGGUCCUUUAAGGUAAAUUACAUCUGUUUGAAAGUGAAACCAGUUUUGUUUUCAUGCAGGCUCUGUCAAUCAUACCAGGGGAGGUGUGGCUUGGGCUGCAUAAACAGAAACAAAGUGAUUUAACUCCUAAAUGACAGUGAAUUGAGCAGUGAAAUUGCAGGGGAAUGGUCUAUACACUAAAACUGCUUUAUUUAGCUAAAGUAAUUUAGGUGACUAUGGUGUUCCUUUAAGCUAAUCAAAAUGCUUUGGUCCAGUAUGAGAACAGUAGUCUGUUCUCUUCCUAGGGAAAUGUUUUUCAAUCUCUAAGAAGACAAAAUACAUUAAUAAUUCUAGGUCCCAUCUUGUAGCAUUUGUGGUAGCUAUGCAUUCAAAUGAUGUUUGGUGGACAGUUUUAAAAUAGUUUGACAGAAAGCAAUGCACUACUCUUUGUCUGUUAUUCUGGUUAUUAUUAGUCUGUUAUUAUUGAUAAUUCUAACACCUGAGUAGCUGGCAGGUGUAGUGAAUGAGGCUGCAAACUCUAUCUCCUGAUAUAUAUUAGCUGAAAUAAUGGUUUUCCUUUUUUUUUCAGCUUCCUUUUUUACAUGCAUUACUUUUGUAAUCUGGAUAUUACAUUUAUUUUUGAAAUAAUAAAAAAAAAAGGCAAAAUAUAUAUAUAUAUAUAUAUAUAUAUAUAUAUAUAUAUAUAUAUAUAUAUAUAUAUAUAUUUUUUAUUUUUUUUUUAAUUCUUUAUUUUUCGCUCUGACAGUGAAGCAUUGUUACAAUAGUGCAGACAUAGGUGGAUAAAUGACUGUACAAGUUUUGUUUGUAUGUAGUACAAAAUACAGAUUAGCAUAGUUAGUACAGGCGUCCGUUACAUACUGUGCACUUUGGGUGCGUUGCCGCCAGAGUUUUUCUUUUGUGUUGGCAAGCAGAAAAAAGAAAUAACUAUGUACAGUGGUAGAGUUGUUGAGGAGUGUGCUGUCAUGAACUCUCAGGUUGGCUUUGAUGAGUGUGUCGUGUUGUCGUGGCCCAGGCGUAUGUGUGGGGUAUUCUGAUCUUGCCCAGGUAGGUCAGGCAUUGUGCCCUCCCUGUCUGCUCUGUCCAUGCCACCCCCUGUGUGCUGUCAUUCCGUUAUGCGCGGAAUCAGGCAGAGUCUGAUAGUGUUGGAGCUUUUCUCUCCUCCUGUUUGUUUACAUGGUCUGGUGUGCUUGCAAGAGAUAAAAACAUACAAGGAAAGAGUAGAUAGAGAUAGACAAGUAGAGAUUGCAGUGUAUUAAAGUACGGAGAUGAGGUGAUCUCCUGGGGGCCGUGAACCCUGUGCCGCCCGUCCCAGUGGGCUGCGGCCUUUGUUCCGGCUUUAACCAGGUACCCGUUCUGCAGUGGAGCCGCUUCCACCCGUCCGGGUUAUGGUAUGAUGGCGACCGUUGGGUGAGCCCCAGUUGUCGCCACUGAAAUGUACUGCAUGGAUGCCGCCAUGAGUCUAUGUGUCGUAUUGCUCCCAUGGACCCCACACCUUGUGGAAUGUGGUCAAUGUGUUCCGCACUUGGGCCGUGAGUUUAUCCAUCAGAUAAUUAUCGCGUAGUUUUGUCCUGACCAGGGAUAGCUGUGGGAGGUCCGGGCAUGACCAGUGUUGUGCUACGGCCCUACGGGCCGCUAGGUAGAUCAUGUUAAGGAGUUUUUGUUCGUGUCUUGGGAGGCCCUCCGUGGGUCUAGAUAAAAGGCACACCCAUGGAUCUAGUGUCAUCCGUUUUCGUAAGAUUUGGGAGCUGAAGUUUACUAUGCUGCGCCAGUAGGUCGCCACCUUUGGGCAUUCCUACCACAUGUGUAUGUAGGUGCCCUUCCCCCCGCAUAAGUGCCAGCAAUCAUCUGUAGGACACAAUUUCAUGUGUUUUUGUUUCACUGGAGUCAUGUACCAACGGAAUAGUGUUUUAUAAGAUUGUUCUUGGAGUGUUACGCAUACGGUGGUUUUGGUGCAUGCCUCCCAAAUGUCUUGCCACUCCGUUCCCUCCAGUGCCUCCCCCAGGUCGGCUUCCCACUGGUCAGCCGAUCGGAGUGCGCCCGUCGUGUCUGGGGUCGUAUUAAGGUGGUUGUAUAGUAAUGUAAUUAGCUUGGAUUGUGUAGUCUCCGUAUAGCAUAGUCUCUCGAAAAAGGUUAGUGGUGUCAGGGCUGCCUUUUUUACGUCAGGUCUCUGUGCAAAGUCUCGGAUUUGCAGGUACCUGAAAUAAUCUCUAGUUUGCAGUUUGGCUUUGGUGUUCAGGUGUGCGUAUGUGACUAUUUCCUGGUUUAUGAAUAGGUGGACGUAUCUUUGGAGCCCUGUGGCUAUCCCUUUGUAGUCCUGGGCCCUCAUUCCCGGUGGGAAUGCCCUAUUCUGAAAGACCAGUGCCAUGGGAGACGGGGGGGGGGGGCUUAGUGAGUAAUUUCGUUUUAGUUUGGUCCCAUAUCCUUAUGGAGUUCAGUAUGGCCAGGUUUGUGGUUCUCAGCAUGGCCCUUUGUGUUUUCGGUGCCCAUAUGAAGAAUUGUGGGAGGUCCUGUCAUUAGGGACUCCAUGUCGACCCAGCGUCGUGCAUCAGGAGGUGUGUGCCAUUGUAUGAUCUGGGCUAGCUGUGCCGCUAGGUAAUAAUUAUAUACAUUAGGUAGUCCCAGUCCCCCCCUGGGUUUUGGUCUGUACAUGAGGGUACGUGCCAUUCUCGGGCGUUUGUUGUGCCAAAUGAAGGAGUCGAUUGCCCGCUGUAUGCCUGUCAGGUCCCCCCGGGAAACUUGCAACGGGAGUGCCUGAAAGAGGAACAGGAGCCUCGGCAGCACAUUCAUUUUUAUUGUGUUGACUCGUCCCAGCCAGGAUAUGGGCCUAUGUGUCCACUGCUCCAUUUCCGUAAUCAGGGUCCGGAUCUGUGGUUUGUAAUUACGGGCAUAGAGCGACGAUGUGGUUGCCGUUAGGCGGACCCCUAGGUACAUGAAUUCCCCUGUGGUUAUUUUUAAGCGAUAUUGUUUGCGUAUGUGCGCUAUGUCUUGGGGCUGUAUAUGGAAGGGCAUUGCUACUGACUUGGAGUAGUUGAUUUUGUAGCCUGCGAUGUUCCCAAAUCUGUCCAGUAGUUGUGUCAGGUGGUGCAGGGAGUCCAGUGGGUCCCGGAGUGUUAGCAUGACAUCGUCGGCAUAUGCCGAGACUGUGAAUGGUGUGCCGCCUAUCUCUAUUCCCUGAAUGUGUGGGUGUUGCCUGAUGGCUUGUAAGAACGGCUCCAGGGUUAGGGCGAAGAGCAAAGGGGACAAUGGGCAGCCCUGUCUGGUGCCAUUGCUUAGGGUGAAUGGCUGUUUGUGCGCCCCUGUUAUAAGUGUUUGUGCCCUCAGGUCUGUAUAGAAUGCGUGUAUUGCUGUCACAAAUGGUUCCGGGAACCCCUGGAACCGGAGCAGCUCAAAGAGGUAAGGCCAUAGCACCCUGUCGAAAGCCUUCUCCGCAUCUAAACAGAGUGCUAGAGAAGGCGCUUUGGUCUCCGCCAUGUACCACAGGACUUCUACCCCCCGUCUGGUGUUCUCUUAUAGUUGGCGUCCGGGCAUAAAGCCCGCCUGGUCCGGGUGGAUCAGGCGCGGGAGUAGGGAGGAGAGUCUGGAUGCCAGUAUUUUAGCAAAUACCUUGAGGUCUGUAUUGAUAAGUGAUAUUGGCCUGUAGCUAGAGGCUAGUGUGUCAUCCUUAUCUGGUUUUGGCAGUAGUACUACAUUUGCCGUCGCCAUGUCCCCGUCGGGCACCCCGCCUUGCAUAAAGUGGUUACUAAGGGCUGUAAGGGGAGGGGCCAGUAUCUCUUUGAAUUGUUUGUAGUAGUUAACAUCGUAUCCGUCUGGACCUGGGGCCUUGUUUCCCUUAAGUGAGGCUAUGGCUGAUUCCACCUCGAUUUGGGUGAUCGGUUCACUUAGGAAGCCUGCUUCUGCCUCGCUCACUUUGUGCAGUGUACGUUCUGCAAGAAAUUGUUGUAUGUCCGCCACGUAGGUGGUGUUAUUGGCGUGAAGGCGGGGGGAGUGAUUGUAGAGGUUGGAGAAAUAGGAGGUGAAUACCUCGUUAAUGGCCUCUGGGGUCUAUACUAGUGUAUUGGUGACCGUGCGUAUUUUCGUGAUGGUUUUGCCCUGUGGUCUCGGGCGGAGAACCCUGGCUAAAGGUGUGUCUGUUUUAUUUGCUUUCUCGUAGUAGUCUUUUUGACCAUUGUAUGGAGCGUGACACCGCCUCCAGGGAUAUGUCCCUGAUGGAGUGUCUGAGUGCGUUUAGUUCUCUAAGUUUGGAUUCAGCCUGGUUGGUUUUGUGUUGCUGCUCUGCCUUACGUAGGCCUGACUGUAGUUCGAGUAGCCUUUUUGUUUUAGCUUGCUUUUUAUGCGUUGCAAUUUUAAUAAAGUGCCCCCGCAGGACUGCUUUGUGUGCUGCCCAGACCGUGGUGGGGUUAGCGUCGGGUGUUGCGUUUAGCGCAAAAUAUUCUGUGAUAGCCUGUCGGGUAGUUUCUAGUGUUUCGUCGUCUCUGAGAAGACUAGUAUUAAGUUUCCACGACCAGUUGGACUGGUAUCGCAGGUUGCCUAGGGUAAGCGUUACGUCAGCGUGAUCUGACCAUGUGAUGCUACUGAUGUCUGUGUGUAGGGCCUUAUCCAUCCCCACCCUGUUAAGGAAAAUGUUAUCUAUUCUGGAGUAGGUGUUGUGCGGUGCGGAAUAAACCCCUCCGGGUCAGUCUGGGUGGUAGUUAUUUGUAGCGGGCAGUUUUUAUGGGGAUCGCCACCCCCGUUCGCUUACGGAGGGAGCGUGCCUCAUGUACUGUCGAGUAGGUCCUGUCAGGCAAUCUAGUGGGCGCCGACCUGGGGAGGUGCGUCUCCUGUAUCAGUGCGAUAUCUAUUUUCUUGGUCUUUAAGUCUCUCGCUAGUGAUCUCCGUUUGUUUGGGGAAGUUAGGCCUUUGACGUUAAACGAUAGUACCUUAAGAGCCAUGUGGAGGUGUUGGCUGUGUUGCUGGUGUUACCGGUGCUCUGGGUAUCCUGGGUCUUUUGUGCGCACUGUGUGUGGGGCCUUGCGUGAGGGCUACCCUCGGUGACGCGGGCGGCAUCCAGACGGUGUAACGGAGUUGGAGAUCAGUACUUGUCAUUAGAAAGAGUGAGAAAAAAGGAAAAUGAGUAACAAGUAACGGUUUCAAUGUACAUACAAAUAAACAUGAAAAAUAAACAUAAGGUGAUAAUCUGGUCUUAACCUGUGCCAGGUUAGGGUGGGGGUGGUCACCCCUCCCGAGUGAUGUGAGAGUGCACCUCUCGGGGUUGGUGAUCUCCCAGCGCCCUUCCACUGUGAUGUUGUAUACAACCAGCGGCCGCAUAACUUUUACAGUCUGGUUUGUCCCAUUUAAAGAGAGGUGGUCUUCCCUUUGUCCCUCCUUGCACAGUGCGUGCGCCCCACUCUCUCGCUGUGAGCUUGCACAGUGUGUGCGCCCCACUCUCUCGCUGUGAGCUAAUUUUGUCCUCCCUAUCGUCGUCUGUGUGGGAGCCUUCCCCUCCUGCUAUGCUUAGUGGCUGUGUUCCGUCCCCCUCCUACUAGACCCACUCCCUCCUCCCCUCUCCCGCCUUUCUGCCAAGUGUGCUAACCCAUGUUCUUGCCCUUUGAUGGGCGCGUUAUCUGUGUUGUGUUUUUUUGUUUGUUUGUUUGUUUGUUAUUUGGUGUGUUGUAGCCCCCAGGGGUUGCUCUAAGUCUUGAUGGUUUCAUCUGCUUGUCCCCAGUACUAAGGCAGCAUAGUGUGUCAUCUAGCCCCCCUCCCCUCCCCCACCAGGGCAGUUUGUGAUCCCCCUGAAUACUCAAUUGUCUGGUGUGGUGUCCCCCUCAAAUCAACUUAGCUGUCCCGUGCAUCUGUCGUGCCGCCAGAGUCACUGUGGGUGCCCCUUUUGGGCUGAGUAGGUCUGCGUGGUGCCUUAGUCCUCCUGGGCAGCCGUUGCUGCGACUGUGUACCUGUCUCUUGGGAGAGGUGUUAGGGUCCGCCGAGCGGGUCCUGGUAAGGCGAAAGCUCUCGGGGGUGUGAUAUCCAGGUCAUGGAGACAUUUUUGUGGGUCCCCUCCAGGUGAGUAUGUGAGUGUCCUUCCCGCUUUGAAAGCCACAAUUUUAAACGGGUGGCCCCAUGUGAAGCGGAUUUCGUGUUGUCGCAGAAGAUCCGUCAGCGGUCUCCAUUCCCGCCGUCUUUGAAGUGUGCUAGAUCUUGAUAGAGAGAGAUGGGCUUGCCUUUGUAUGUUAAAUCGUGAUUUCUGUUGUACCUCAGAAUAGCCUCCUUGGUGGUAUAGUGGUGAAAGCAAAUGAUUAUAUCUCUUGGGGUGUCCGUGUCCACCCGCCGGGCAUGCAGAGCCCUGUGUGCCCGGUCCAUGGCCCACUGGGCUUUUGGGAUGUCUGGGAGUAGGCCGCUAAAGUAUACCUCCACUAGUGCUGUGAGAGGGCCUUCAUUAGGUGUUUCAGGCCACUCUCUGAUGCGGAGGUUAUUCCGCCUGGUGCGGUUAGACAGGUCUUCAACCUGCAUUUCCAGGUCAAUAAUGUGGUGGUCUAGGGAGGUGAAGUGCUGUACCACUUCAUUAUGGCCCUGUACCAGUACCUCCAUUCUCUGCUCCAGCUCUGAAGUGCGGACACCCAAGGCCUGGAUUUCGACCUUUAUGUCUUGCGUGCUGCGUGUGAUUUCACCCGCCAGGUAUGUCUUUACUUCUGCUAACCUUUGCAGAAUUUGUGCCGUGCUGCCGCCGCCCGGCUCCGUCUCUUCCCCGUCAGGUGGGGAUUGAGAGCCAUGUCGGCCACUGAGGGGGAGAAAUCGAGCGGUUCCCCACGUUUCUUCCGGCGUGGGGUGGCUCCGGUGCCCAUGUGGGACAUGUAUAGGGGAAAUGCAGGCUGUGAUGCUGGUUACUGGUGCUGGAUUGAGCGUGGAUGCGCGGGAGCUCGCUCGUUAGGCUGCCAUUCUAGUCAGCUGCCAGGCCACGCCCCCCUCAGGCAAAAUAUAUUUUAUGUAGAAACAUGUAUUUCUAUACAUUUUCUAUGAUUACAAUAUAUACAUUAUUUACAGUGUUAUGUACAGACAGGAUGACCUCAUUGAUUGUAAUGUGACGACCGCCUAUUCUGAUUGUGUAGAGCUUGUGUGUUUUUUUUUUUGUUUGUUUUUUUUCUUUUUUGUUGAUGGUGAGCUUGCCAACAUGUGGUCACUAGCUUCACACUUUGGGAGUAUGUUGGAGAUUCAUGAAAGUUACUAAUAAACUGUGUGUGUGUGUGUGUGUGUGUGUGUGUAAACACACAUCCUAAAUGUUCAUUUAUGCAUUACAGUAUAUAGAUCAUUUGUUUAAAAAAUUGAGCACAGAAGUGAAAUAAUAAAGGUGUAUACGUUCAAUGUUGCAAUUGCACAGUUUGGUGGGUCUGCCUGUAGCUACUAGCAGACUCCUACCUAACCAGAAGUCGUUUUUUUUUUUGUUUUUGUUUUUUUUUUCUCUAUAAAUGUGGGAGUAGUUUAUUACACCAGAACAGUUUCAAUUAUUAUAUUAUAUAUCAGUGAUGGCUAACCUUGACACCAUAAAUAGUUUCUGGGGAUUGGCUUCCAUAUUAAAGGAGAUUGUACAUAUGGAGGCUCUAAAUAAAUAUAUAUAUAUAUAUAUAUAUAUAUAUAUAUAUAUAUAUAUAUAUAUAUAUAUAUAUAUAUAUAUAUAUAUAUAUAUAUAUAUAUAUAAUAUAUAAUAUAUCAGGCUGUGAAUUUAAGCUGAAUGCUAAUCACAUGCUACUCACUACAUAGAAUGAGCUGGACUAUUUAUAAGCUGGUAACCGUUACACCAGCAGAUAAGAGCUGAAUUUCUUAAACAGUUAGUUUAAUUGAAAUAAAGCCUCUUUUAUUCCCCUCAUGUUUUAUUGCUCAGGAACGCCACGUGUCAGUACUUGCAUAAGCUAUUUUGUCUUGGGUAUGAUCUGUCAUCAUGCAUAUUCAUCAUUAUAUAUAAAGUUUGGGUUAAGAAGGUUGUAUACUGGUCCAUUAUCACAUAUGCGAUUCACUUCAUUUUGUAUUAACGGGGUUUCCCAUACUUAUUUCUGUAUGCUUAUUUUACAGGUUCAGGUUGGCUUAUAUCACCUGCGUUUGCUCAAUCAAACCUCUUAUAUCCCUUUCCAGUGAGUAAGGUGGAAGCGUAAGGGGUUUUUAUUCUUAACAUAUAAGGGGGAGUACCUCGUUACUCUUUAUCACAUAUACUCCUCUUUCUGCUAUCAUUAGGUCUAAACCUCUCCUUCCACUAUAGUUGUGGUGGAAGUCUCAGGUUCUGUGUUAAGUUGUGAACAAUUUUCUGACCUAACCAAGACGCAAGUAGGUGUCAGUUAUGUUUUUGCUUAACCCCAACCUCCCCCCUCCCUAAGGUUAUGAGUUGAGUGUUACUGGCUCAUCAAGGUUAGUCUGCCACCAGUAUAGAAUUUUCUGGCUUCUUCGCCUCAGUCACAGUGGUCUCGCGAGGCCACCCCUUUCCUCCACGCAUGAGGACAUUACCCCCCCCUCAGACGAAAUUCAUUGAAAUUCAUUCAUGCCCUGGGGGCCAUUCAUAGUUGUCCGCCUCGCACGGUUGCAUAGAGAGGGCCUCCCUUGUCACUCCCUUCCUAUCUUAUGCUUUUAGUUGUCACUGAGAGGCCAACACCCUGCCACAUCAUUCGGUGGCAACAUAUUCCCUCACUCAAAGCCAUUUGGCAUCUAGUAGGGCCUCACCUGUCACCACACCUAGCAAAUUAUUUCGCCACUUGGUACUAGAUAGCCAGCCGUUAACCCAUAUGGUGCAGUGGCUGAUUAUGUUUUGAAUAUUUUUCUUUUAGUAUGUCUCAGCUACCUGACGUGGCAGACAAUUUGUCUCUCCCCAGUACUCUGGUCGGGUCCUUGUCACCUUCCCGAAAAGGCGACAUCGGUAGCCCUACUUCUAUACAAUCAUGGACCAUCCCUCGUAUUACUGCGGAGCUUCGUAGACGCAGUAUCCCUUUUCCUGCUACUGCCAGAAAAGCUGAACUGUUAAAAUUAAUGCGAACAAACACCGACAACACAGGGGCGGGAGAAGGGACAAGUGGUCCAGGCAACUCAGACCUUCGUGCCAUGGUUGCCUCGCUAGUAGCAUCUACAGAGACUUGAUAGGAUCGAGGCUUAGAGCCUUCCUAUUGUGUCAACUAUGACCUCAGCUACUGUACUCCCCGAUGCAACUAGGGUUGUCAGGAUAGAACAUGUACAUGUGAAGUUGGAUGCCGGUUAAAUAUAAUUUAAUAGUGUUGUGUGAUAGUUUGAGUUUGAGAUGACAAAAAGGAUGCAAAAGCUACCAGUGUAGAUAUAGUGAAAAACUGAACCAGGUUAUGUUCUAACAUAAAUUUCUUAUACAGUGUGAAAGCUCUAUUGUAAGACAAAGAAUAUAAAAUGUAUAGUUUAAAAAAACAUAUACCCAGGGGGCGCCACAAUCACAAAACGUGCAUAUAUUUACCAUAUGUAUAUGGAGAUGGACAUGAAAGAGAGAAUAAAAAGCAUAUAUAGUGAAAUAUUUAAUAACAACAAAGUGCAGAAUAAAAGUCCGGACAAAACGUGUUGAGCAGAGGCUUGCCAGCACUUCCCUGAAAAAGACUUCACCCUCUCUCUGCCUGGGACUUUCCAUCUAGGAGGCAUUGACAGUGGACUUAUAAAAGGGAACUUUACCCAGAAGUGUUGAAAAGCGUUUUUGCACAAAUUGAGAUGUCUUUGUGCCAUCAUUUUUGUGAGUGUAUAUUGUGAUUUUUAUUCUGCACUUUGUUGUUUAUUAAAUACUUCACUAUAUAUGCUUUUUAUUCUCUCUUUCAUGUCCAUCUCCAUAUACAUAUGGUAAAUAUAUGCACUUUUUGUGAUUGUGGCACCCCCUGGGUAUAUGUUUUUUUUAAACUAUACAUUUUAUAUUCUUUGUCUUACAAUAGAGCUUUCACACUGUAUAAGAAAUUUAUGUUAGAACAUAACCUGGUUCAGUUUUUCACUAUAUCUACACUGGUAGCUUUUGCAUCCUUUUUGUCAUCUCAAACUCAAACUAUCACACAACACUAUUAAAUUAUAUUUAACCGGCAUCCAACUUCACAUGUACAUGUUCUAUCCUGACAACCCUAGUUUAUCUUCUUACCCCUUUAAGAAUAUACUAAAAGGCAUACAGAAAGCCGGUACCACUCCUCCAAUCCUAAGGUUACCCAUACAUAAACUGAUAUUUAAGGAUAUGUUUUGACUUAUUGGAUACAGCCCCGUUUGAACACACUACAAAUCUGGUAAUCAAAACAGCCACUUACUUGGCCUAUUAUGGUUUUCUUAGACUAUGCGAAUUCACUAUGCAUAGUAACAAAUAUGCACGAGACUGCCUUAAACGUUCCUAUCUCAUCAAACGACAAGAUUACUAUAUCUUAUCCGUACCCAUUACAAAGACAAGUCAGCUUGGUAAAGUGGUUCACGUCACUUAUUAAUUUACUUUAAAUAAAAGGUGCCCGGUAAAAGUGCUGGAUACAUAUCUCCAAACAUUACCACCUCAGUCAGAUAUCCCUCUGCUAGUCCUCCACAAAGCAGUCUUAACAACCUCUAAGUAAAUGCAAUAUGUACGCAUAUUACUGACCAGACUAGGUCUGAACGCCAGCAACUUUUCUGGACAUUCUUUUAGGAUAGGGGCAGCCUCCACGGCCUCUAGUCACGAUAUUCCAGUACAUGUAAUGGAAGUCAUCUGCAUUUGCUCUGUACAUACCUCAACCUGUGUUAGAAAUGAGGUCUGCAUUUGUUAAACUGUCAUCUUGAGGUAUUUUCUUUGCACUAUGUUUUAUGUAUUGAAUAAAUAUUUCUUUGGCAAGACACUGCUAAUUUUUGCUCACUUUAUUACAGGCCUACCGCAUACGUCGGUUUUUGCAUACUUCAACCGAUUUGUUCCUAUCUAUAUAAUACAUAAAACCAUACCACACGCUAACGUUAAAAGAAUAGCACCGAACACAAAUGUAAAGGCAUUGCCUGGAGUUGUGGGAGGGGCUUGUUGAUCCUCCUUAAGGCACUUCCCCCAUAUCUGCAUCACCGUGGAAAUCAGACGUUCGUCAGGCCCCACCCACCACUCACUCAACUUUUUUACUUUAUUUUAAAUUUUAUUUUAUGUUCAGUGUGGGCCCACUUUAUUAUCGGCCUACCGCAUACGCCGGUUUCGGCACACUUCAACCAACUUGUUCCUAUCUAUAUAAUACAUCAAACAAUACACACACUAAUGUUACAAAAAUAGCACCGAACACAAAUAUAUAUAUAUAUAUAUAUAUAUAUAUAUAUAUAUAUAUAUAUAUAUAUAUAUAUAUAUAUAUAUAUAUAUAUAUAUAUAUAUAUAAUAUAUUGUAUGAGUGGAAAUGCUUUAUAUAUUGAUAACAGCCAUAUUGUUUAUGCUCUCAUUUUGCCCAUCUUCUUGAUCAGUGCACAUAGUCCAGUUUACUAAUCAGCAGAUCUGUUGUCUCUCAGUACAAGUUUUGUAUGCAGAGUGGACAAAUACAUGCAACCAGGAACUGACUUUUUGCAGAUACCUGAUUGACAGCUUUGUUGUGCUGUGUUGCAACUACAACAAUAUAUCUAUGUAUUUUAGCAUGCUGCUGCAGUUCAAUGCCUCUCUAACAGCUGAUAGUGAUUUUCGCACUAUCACCUUUGAAAUUAUGCAGAGGUGCUUAUAGUUAGAAUAUUUAAAUCAGCCCAAGCUGAUUACAUCAACAGUUGUUUAUAUUGUUCAAACCUGUAACCUAACUGGUUCAUCAUUUAUAGAGUUUGGUACUAAGCUUCUGGCAUGUAAUAUUCUUCAUAAAUUAGGUGUGAUAGGAUGUGGUUAUGUUAUCAAAAGUUGAAUUUUUAGGAUUGUGUAUUCCAAAAUAAUUUUUUUUUUUUUUUUUUUAUUUGCAGGUUGCAAUUCUUCAUUUUCUCAGCUACUUGCUUCACUCAGCCAUUUAACUCCUUGCUUCCUCUCUCUGUGGUACUGGGGAAGGCGUCUGGCCUUCCCCAUUGUAUAA